CACCCCCAGAAGAUGUCACCGUCCCUCCCUGCCACCAUCAACAUCAGGGAGCCGCGCUGGGACCAGAGCACCUUCCAGGGCCGUGCCAAGCACUUCUUCAUGGUGACUGAUCCCCGAAACCUGCUGCUCUCAGGGGCUGCACUGGAGGAAGCUCGGCGGGUGGUGGAGGACUACAGGGCAGGUGUGGUACCCCCAGGACUGACAGAGGACCAGCUGUGGCGGGCAAAGUACAUCUAUGACUCAGCUUUCCACCCUGACACAGGCGAAAAGAUGCUUCUCAUAGGGCGCAUGUCUGCCCAGGUCCCUAUGAACAUGACCAUCACUGGAUGCAUGUUGACCUUCUACAGGACCACGCCGGCUGUGCUGUUCUGGCAGUGGGUCAACCAAUCUUUCAACGCCAUUGUCAACUACACCAACCGCAGCGGGGAUGCACCCAUCACCCCCAGCCAGCUGGGGACAGCCUAUGUGAGCGCAACCACUGGGGCAGUUGUCACAGCACUGGGGCUCAAAUCACUCACCAAGCACUUGCCAGCCAUCAUCGGCCGGUAUGUGCCUUUUGCAGCUGUGGCUGCUGCCAACUGCAUCAACAUCCCACUGAUGAGGCAGAGAGAGCUCAAGCUGGGGAUCCCUGUCACGGAUGAGAAUGGUAAUCGCCUGGGUGAGUCCACAGCUGCAGCCCAGAAGGCCAUUUUCCAGGUGGUGGUGUCCCGCAUUGGCAUGGCAGUCCCUGCCAUGGCCAUCCCCCCAGUCAUCAUGAAUGCACUGGAGAAGAGACCUUUCCUGAAGCGGUACCCGUACCUGAAUGCUCCUCUGCAAGUUGGCCUGGUGGGACUCUGCUUGGUGUUCGCAACCCCAUUGUGCUGUGCGCUCUUCCCGCAGAAAAGCUCAAUGUCUGUGAGCCGCCUUGAGCCUGAAGUUCAAGCUCGGAUCCGGGAGAAAGACCCACAGCUGGAGACCAUCUACUUCAACAAAGGGCUCUGAGCAGGUGGCCCGGGGCACCCGGAAUGGCCAAGACGCGUGCCACGGAGCCGCUGAGCCAGCGCGUCACUGAGAUUUGCCCCUCAGAGCCCCUUGGGGCUGCUGCCACUUUCCCUUGGCU